CGCAACUCUUGGUGAAGACGGUCACGGGCUUAAUCCCUGCCAGCCCAAACAGGAUACACCACAAUCUUCCGCGGGACGGCCCGAAAUUUGCUUGCUCUUCCGCUUGGCCUUAUUACGUGCACAUAGCAAAAAACGCAUGUUCUCCAGUUCUGUCGCUCCUCUUUUCCACCGUAGGCGUGCCGGUCCGCCAGACAUAUCCGAACGCAGCGCGCAGUCCACCUCCCCGCGCAGCCCGGGCCAAGUGGCUGGCGGCCGGGCACACCUCAGGAGCCACGGCGCAGCAGCGUCCACCACCAUCCGUCGCGACCUCGCCACGUCUCGCCCAUGCACGGAGACACAGUGCCACCGCCCCCACACGUCGCGCGCCCGCAACACCCCAGAGGCCCCGGCCUAGCUGCAUAUCAAGCGGCCCGAGCGCUCCACUGCCACUCCGCAGACCGGGACCGGCCGGGGGGGGCAGCGAAGAUUGUGGCUAGCCAAGCUAGAUUGGGGGGCAUGGCGGCGGGGGCGACUGCUCGGUGGCUCGUCCUGCUUCUGGUCGCCGUCUCGGCGGCGGCGGCGGCCGGGAAGCACGGGAGAUGGAGGAGGAUGAGCGGCGCGGUCGGCGGCCGGGUGGUGGAGAAGGAGAGGCGGAGGGUGGUGGCGGACGCCGAGGCCGGGACGGUCACGGCCGUGGACGUGGCCGACGCGGCGGGCGCGGCGUACCGGCUGCACUUCAUCGCCAUGGAUCCCGGCGCGCUGUUCCUGCCCGUGCAGCUGCACGCUGACAUGGUGUUCUACGUUCACAGCGGACGGGGUAAGGUGACGUACAUAGAAGAAGACAGCGGUGAAAAGAGUUCCCUGGAGGUUGAGCGCGGGGACGUCUACAACCUGGAGCAGGGCAGCAUCCUGUACAUCCAGAGCUACCCCAACGCCACGAGACAGCGUCUCCGGAUCUACGCCAUCUUCACCAGCGACGGCAUCAACGCCGAGGAUCCCUGGAAGCCAAAGGUUGAAGCUUAUUCCAGCGUCAGUAAUCUGCUCAAGGGGUUCGAAACAGAAGUUCUUCGUCGAGGUUUUGGGGUCCAACGAGAGGUGGCGGAAGCGAUCAAGUCGGCCAAGACCCCGCCACCGAUUAUACCCUACAACCCACAGGAGAAGGGGGGCGACGAGAAGGCCAACUGGACUGAGGACCUCGUCGACGCUCUGUUGGGAGUGCGAGACCCGGAGGAGUUCCUGAACAAGAACAAAAAGAAGGACAAGCACAAGGGAAAGAGCAAGGACAAGAAGUCCAAGAGCAAGGCGUUCAACUUCUUCUCCGGCAAGCCCGACGUCCACAACUGCUACGGGUGGAGCCGGACGAUGACCAACAAGGACCUCGACGCCCUGCACGGCUCCAACAUUGGCAUGUUCAUGGUGAACCUGACCACGGGCUCGAUGGUGGGGCCUCACUGGAACCCGAAGGCGACGGAGAUCGCCAUCGUGACGGACGGCUCAGGGAUCGUGCAGACGGUGUGCCCGAGCAGCAGCAGCAGCAGCCCGCCGUCGGGCGAGAGCAGGAGAGGCCACCGCGGCGACGAGCGCGGCGGGCCGGGCGGGCGCGGCGACGAGGGAGGCGAAGGCGGCGGCGCGCGGUGCAGGAGCUCGGUGUUCCGGGUGAAGGAAGGCGACGUGUUCGUGGUGCCGCGGUUCCACCCGAUGGCGCACAUGUCGUUCAACAACGACUCGUUCGUGUUCAUCGGGUUCAGCACCCACAUGGGCGAGAACCACCCGCAGUUCCUGGCCGGGAAGGGGUCGGUGCUGCAGGCCGUCGGCAAGGAGGUGCUGGCCCUGUCGCUGGGGCAGACGAACUCGACCGCCGUGGAGAAGCUGCUGUCCGCGCAGCGGGACUCGACGAUCCUGUCGUGCAUCUCGUGCGCCGAAGAGCUGGAGGAGAAGGCCGCGGAGGAGAAGAGGCGGCGGGAGGAGGAGGAGGAAGGGGGAGGGAAGGGACCGGGGGAGCGCGAGGAGGAAGAGAGGAGAGAGCAGGAGGAAAGGGAGAGGAGGGAGCGAGAGGAAGAGGAACGGAGGAGAGAGCAGGAGGAACGGGAGAGGAAGGAGAAAGAGGAGGAAGAACGGAGGAGAGAGCAGGAGGAAAAAGAGAGGAAGGAGCGAGAGGAGGAAGAACGGAGGAGAGAGCAGGAGGAAAAAGAGAGGAAGGAGCGAGAGGAGGAAGAACGGAGGAGAGAGCAGGAAGAAAAGGAUAGGAGGGAGGAAGAGGAGCGGCAGAGGAGAAAGGAAGAGAAGAGGGCAAGGAAAGAGCAAGAGGAGCGGCAGAGGAGGGAGGAGGAAGAAAGGGCAAGGGAAGAGGAGGAACGGCGGAGGGAGGAGGAAGAGGGUGGGGGCGGACGUGGGGACGAGCCAGAGAGGGAAGAGGAAGAAGAGGGAGGAGACGAGCGGCCGUAUCGCUUGUCCAAGAAACUGAUGAAGAAGCGCUACCGUGUUGGCACGUUGAGUGGCUGAGCAGUGCUCUAGCCGUUGUCACGUACAAAUAAAUGGGGUCCUCGCUCGUAGAGGGCCGGCCAGUCGACCUGUAGCCUGCUGUCUGCGUUCACUGCGUUCUUGUUUAGCGGCUUUGGUGUAUAUGGUAGCCUACUUGCAUGUAUGAACUGCACACCGUAAAAUAAGCAAAUAAA